GCAAAAACACAGCGCAAAGGGUUCACACGACUUGGAAACCGAGGUUGCAAGGAGUUGGCUGGCUGUGUGAUUAGAGCAAUUUGCAACUAUGGAGACCACACCAACAACGAAGCCUGGCGGGAGAGGCGACAACGGCUCCUCGAGUCCCACGAAGAGUGGCAGAGUGUCAUAUAGCCCCAACAAGUCAUCGUCGUCUACCCGGGUGAUUGAGUCUCUCCAUAGGCAGAUUGACGAGCUCAAGCUUGAGUUGCUGGACACGAAGAGCAGGAACGAAGAGUUGAAGAAGAAGAAUGAGAUUGUGCAGAAGCGCCGUGAUCAGCUGGUUGAGCAGUUGUCGAAUGCCAAGCACGACAACGAGGUUGUCAGCUCGAUGCUCGACAGGAAAGAGAGACGAGUGGCGGAUUUGGAGGAGCAGUUGCAGAAUGUAAGCUCUUGUGCGGAUGACUAUAAGUGGAAGUUCAAGAAUCUGGAGACACGUUGCGACAAGCUGCGAGAGAACGAAUCGCGUGCUGUGUCGGAGCUCGAGCGGAUCAAGAUUGCAUACGACAUUAUAGUGACCAGCCAGAAGGAGUACAGAAGCCACUACGAUGCGCAGGUGAAAGAGUUGAAGAGGAAGCUCGAGGAUUACAUAAGUGACAAGGACACGAUGCUACAGAAGAACAUCUCGUUGAUCAACAAGAGCGAUGCCACCAUCUUUAGAUCUAUAAAGGCCAUCACUCUGAGAUCUCGGGAAAUAGAGGAGAGGUAUGUCAAGCGAGAUCAGAUCUUGGCUGAAAGUCUUGCCAAACUACGCAACUCCGUCUCUUUGAAUACACAGGAUAUACAGGUGAUAUUGAAGUCCUCGAAGGACUUGUUUGAAGAGGUUUGUCACAAACUGAACAUUGACAAGAAGACGUUGAUGGAAUCCUAUCUACAUGACUGCGAAGAUCACAUAAACCCAUUCGAAGAACAAGAGGAGGCUCAGAGUAUAGAACCUUCACAGGAAGGGGAACAUUUGAGCUCAGAGAGAGAAAGCUCUCCAGUGCAAAAGAUCAAAGAGGAGCCUAUUGUUGUCAAGAAAAGGGGUGAACGUACAGUAUCAGUUGAAACUGCAGAAGAAAGAAUACGCAAACUCAGCAAAGACUUGAACAAUAGAAUUCCAUCGUCUGAUCGUGUAACACCUCUGGAUCCACACGCUAAAACGAGACAUAGACGCAAUGGAACAUCGCCGACCGAUGACAAUAACGCUGGCUCCUCUUCAAAUUCUCGAAGAUCGUCUGCUUUGUUUGAUGGUGUAUCAUCAAACUUCACAGUUGCAACCGAUGUAUCCCGUAAGACUUCUUCCUCAAGAAAUCCUUCGUCGCAUUCGAGAAACGCCUCAAAUGUUGACAACUUUGAGGAACUGUCCAAGAAGAAGAAAAGAAGACGUAGAAGAAAGAAGGGAUCAAAGAAAACUGACACCGAUGGUGAAAAGGAAGGAGAGGAGGAUCUAUCAGGGUUGGAAUCUAACUGAGCAUAUAGCAUUAAAUCUCGUUGAUUUUAGAAGACAAGGGCCAACUAUUAAAACUUUGUAUAAACUGCAAUGGUACAAUCUUCAAAUC